UUCAUCUUCCAGUUACCAUCUUGGGGUGCUUUGGGCCUGAUGAGACAAACAGCUGCUGGCAGGAAGUGUGCAGCCCUGCUUGCCACCAGGACACAGAGCCCUGAGGAGGCUUCACCAGCCCCAGCACCACUCAGCUGUGUGGCUUUGGCUCCUGACCCACCUGAGGUGAACUCAAACUCCAGCCCCUCCUGGGCUAAGAGGUGGCUUUAAGACUUGUACCCCGUGCUGGCAGAGGUGAUGGCAGACAUUUCCUGGACUGAAGGGGUCUCCCCAGUGACCAAUGGCAGUUCAGAGCCCCCCUUGGAAGCAGACUUCCAGCACUCCUUGUUUCCUGCCCUCUACAGCAUUGUCUUUGUGCUGGGGCUGCUGGAGAACGUCCCAGCCCUGUACCUGCUGUGCUGCCAGGUGAAGCACAGCUCCCCUUCCUACCUCUACAUGGCCAACCUGGCUCUGCUGGACACCUUGUUUGUCUGUGUGCUGCCCUUCAGAAUCCAUUACCACCUGACCAGGAACAGCUGGGUCUCUGGUGACAUGGCCUGCAGGCUGACAGGGACCUUGGACUGCAUCACCACCUACCUGAGCAUCGCCUUCUUCACCUGCGUCUGCCUGGACCGCUACGUGGCCCUGCUGCACCCCUUCACCUACAUCCAGCUCAGAGCCAGCCACUGCCUGCUGGUGGUCACAGCCCUCUGGCUGCUGGCUCUGAGUGCCACAGCUGCACUCAUCCUGGGAGGUCCCCUGCACACCACUGGGGUGAGGAGCAGCACAGCCUGCUCCGAGAGCCGCGCCGCUCCCUCCGGCCUCCUGGCCCUGCUCUUCGGCUUCCUGCUGCCCUUCUCCAUCAUCCUCCUCAGCUUCCCUCUCCUUGCCAGGAAGAUCUCCCAGCUCAAGCACAGCACCCGCAAGAGGAAGGCCCUGAGGACCAUCUACAGCAUCCUGGGCAUCUGCAGCUUGUGCUUUGUGCCCUACCACCUGACUCACCUGCUCCGCUUCCUGGUGCGAGUGCAGCUGCUCCGGGCCCAGGCCCUCACCACCCUGCUCUGCAGACUGAGCAGGGUCACCCCAGCCCUGCUCAGCUUCAGCUGCUGCCUCAAUCCCCUCCUCUACUACUUCAGCUCCCCCAGCAAGCCCUGGCUCAUCGACCUCAGGCUCUGCUUCAGGUCUAAAAUGGUCUACACCAUCUGUGACCAGAAUCUGGGGGAGUCCUCCUGUGCCUACAAGCUGCAGCAGAGAGCUGGAAACAAAGCCCCUGGAGCUGGAAUCCUCUGA